UCAGUCUUCAAAGAGAUCUCGACCGAGUAACAAGUGAACGGAGAAAUCCGAACAGUGAAGAAACUCUGAAAGACCAAAGAAACACACAAGAACUCUUUAAUAAUAUUGUGAAAAAAGCAAAAACAAUAAAUACACGAAAAGCAGUGUGAUCCGCCAUAGUUUCGUUAGUGUUUUCAAGGGCACCCCGAUUAUACAGCUGUACUGCAAAAUUUCAGUGGCAGUUGCCGUAUCUCAAAGGCGGGUCCAAAGUAUCGCCUAUAACGUCGCAUAGCCGGAUUCCUUCUUCAAAAAAGCGGCCCAUUUGACCGCCUGCCAAUAAAUAUGGCUGCCAUAUAAGCAUAUACGGCGGACGCAACCACACACAAAGUCGGAGCUUUGCGAUUAGACAAGCAGAAGAUUUUGGGGAGUUCAAGGAGAGAUCCCCCCGCUUCAGUAGUAAGGAAACCUAUUACUAGGGAAGAACAAAGGAAAACACACCAAAGAUGAACAGCCUGGCGCGGGUAUUUAGCAACUUCCGCGAUUUCUACAACGACAUCAAUGCGGCCACUCUUACGGGAGCCAUCGAUGUGAUCGUGGUGGAGCAGCGGGAUGGCGAGUUCCAGUGCUCACCCUUCCAUGUUCGCUUCGGCAAGCUGGGAGUGCUAAGGAGUCGGGAGAAGGUGGUGGACAUUGAGAUCAAUGGCACCCCAGUUGACAUACAGAUGAAGCUGGGCGACUCUGGCGAGGCCUUUUUCGUAGAGGAAUGCCUGGAGGAUGAGGACGAGGAGUUGCCGGCCAACCUGGCCACCUCGCCCAUUCCCAACAGCUUCCUGCAGUCACGGGACAAGGCCAAUGACACAAUGGAGGACAUCAGUGGAGUGGUGACCGACAAAAAUGCUAGCGAGGAUUUGCUCCUGCCCCUGCCGUUGCCGCGACGAAACUCCAUUGACUUCUCCAAGGAGGAGCCCAAGGAAGCCGCCGUCGAGGGCAGCAAGUUCGAGAACCAGGUCUCGGACUACACGCAGCGCAGACAUACAGACAACACUCUGGAGCGACGCAAUCUGAGCGAGAAACUCAAGGAGUUUACCACUCAGAAGAUUCGCCAGGAGUGGGCCGAGCAUGAGGAGCUGUUUCAGGGCGAGAAGAAGUCGACUGAAUCGGAGCUGGAGAACCAAAGCAAAGCUUCCAAUGAAGCGGAAACAGAAAAAGAAGUACAGACACCGGUGGAUAAUAAUGAGAAGGAGCAGCCUAAGCCAGAUAUUACCCUAACUCCGGUCACCACCAGCGAAACCACCAAGGAGGUGUCCAAGAGCAAGACCAAGAAGCGACGUAAGAAGUCCCAGAUGAAGAAGAAUGCCCAGCGUAAGACCUCCUCGAGCAGUUCCAUGGGCAGUGCAGCCGGCGGUGAUUUUCCCUCGGGGGAGACACCGUCAUUGGGGGUGACCAACAUUGAUGAAAACGAUACCCCCAUAUCCAGUGCCACCAACAACAACAACACCUCCUCAUCAAACGAUGAGCUACCGUCGGCUCCUCUGGUCACCGCUCGCACCGGUGACGAUAGUCCACUCAGCGAGCUUCCCCACACCCCCACAACCAAAGCGCGUCUGGAUUUGGACAUUCACUUCUUCAGUGACACGGAGAUCGCUACACCCGUGGGUGGUGGAGUUGGCGGAUCAGGUCGCAUCGCUGGCGGACGACCUUCGACUCCCAUCCAGAGUGACAGCGAACUGGAGACUACAAUGCGGGAUAAGCGGCAUGUAGUCGAUGACGAGAACGCAGCCUCGUGGAAAUGGGGCGAGUUGCCCACACCAGAACAGGCCAAAACUGAUGCUAUGAGCGCCGCCCAGGUGCAGCAGAGCGAGCACCAGUCCAUGCUCAGCAACAUGUUCAGUUUCAUGAAGCGAGCCAAUAGAAUUCGUAAGGAGAAGGGUGUUGGCGAGGCGGGCGACAUCUACCUCUCCGAUUUGGAUGCUGGCAGCAUGGAUCCCGAGAUGGCUGCCCUGUACUUCCCAACGCCCAGGUGCAAGGAGGCCCCGAUACCGGAGGAGGAUGGCGAGAGUGGCAAUGGAACCAGUCUGCCUCACUCGCCCAGCUCCCUGGAGGAGGGUCAGAAGAGUAUUGACUCUGACUUUGACGAGACCAAGCAGCAGAGGGACAACAAAUACUUGGACUUUGUGGCCAUGUCCAUGUGCGGAAUGUCGGAGCAGGGAGCAGCGCCGUCGGACGAAGAGUUCGAUCGUCAUCUGGUCAAUUAUCCAGACGUGUGCAAAAGCCCAAGCAUUUUCUCAUCGCCUAACCUAGUCGUACGGCUGAAUGGCAAAUACUACACCUGGAUGGCUGCAUGUCCCAUUGUCAUGACAAUGAUCACCUUCCAGAAGCCACUAACCCAUGAUGCCAUUGAGCAGCUUAUGUCGCAGACUGUGGAGGGCAAAUGCCUGUCUGCAGACGAGAAACAGGAAGCUGCCGCACAGGCUGACAAUGUGGGUCAGACCAGGCGCUCUUGGUGGAGCUGGCGGCGCUCGCAGGACGCUGCGCCCAACCAUGUAAGCAACGCCCAUGGAUUGCCAUUGGGCAAGGACGAGAAAGAUGGUGAUCAGGCAGCAGUGGCCACCCAAACUUCCCGGCCUACCUCGCCGGACAUUAGCGAUCCCACGCUGAGUAAGAGCGAUUCACUGGUGAACGCAGAGAAUACUUCGGCCCUGGUGGAUAACUUGGAGGAACUGACUAUGGCUUCCAACAAGAGCGAUGAGCCAAAGGAACGCUAUAAGAAGUCGCUACGACUUAGCUCGGCGGCCAUUAAAAAACUAAACCUCAAGGAGGGCAUGAACGAGAUCGAGUUUAGUGUAACCACCGCCUAUCAGGGAACGACGCGCUGCAAGUGCUAUUUGUUCCGCUGGAAGCACAAUGACAAGGUGGUGAUCUCUGACAUUGACGGCACCAUCACCAAGUCGGAUGUGCUGGGCCACAUUCUGCCAAUGGUGGGCAAGGAUUGGGCGCAACUCGGAGUGGCGCAGCUCUUUUCGAAGAUCGAGCAAAAUGGCUACAAGCUCCUCUAUUUGUCAGCCCGUGCCAUCGGCCAGAGCAGGGUGACACGCGAGUAUCUGAGGUCGAUUCGGCAGGGCAACGUGAUGCUGCCGGAUGGUCCGCUGCUACUGAAUCCCACUUCCCUGAUCUCGGCCUUCCAUCGCGAGGUGAUCGAGAAGAAGCCGGAGCAGUUCAAGAUUGCUUGUCUUUCGGACAUUCGAGAUCUUUUCCCCGACAAGGAGCCCUUCUACGCCGGCUAUGGCAAUCGCAUCAAUGACGUGUGGGCCUACCGAGCCGUGGGUAUUCCCAUUAUGCGCAUCUUUACUAUCAACACUAAGGGCGAGCUGAAGCACGAACUAACCCAAACAUUCCAGUCCUCAUACUGCAGCAUGACAUACAUUGUCGAUCAACUGUUCCCGCCGGUGAAACACGAUGAAGCCUCCGCCGAGUUCUCCAACUUCAACUAUUGGCGUGACCCCAUCCCCGAUUUGGAGAUUCCCGAACUGGAGACGGCACUGGUGCCGCCAAGCAACAAAGUGGACAUCGCCACCCUGCGACCCAUUCCGGAGAAGUGAACUGGUUCCUUAGCACCCUAACUUGCGUACUAUACCAUAUUUAUACGAAUAUGCAACAAACUCUAUAUAUAGCAGAUAGCGCUUUUCCAAAAUUUGUUUGCUUAGCUUCAAAUCCUCUAGAUGUGCUUAUCAAAAAUUGAAAUAUCUAUAACAUUGCAUAAGCUUAGCCAGGAUUCACGAUUGCCUUGGUUUAGUUAUGUUUUACUAUUCGAUCGUAUAUAGUUUAAUGGAUGGACUUAAGUUUUAAUCAACAUUUUGAGUUAUUAUAUAUAAUAUGGUAAGUUCCUUUGAGACUCCUGCAGGUUCUAAGAAGAUGCGUGUUCCAAAAGGCGUAUGGUAAGGAGUUGUGAUUUUUGAUUUCAAUAUUUUUGUAUGUGAUUUAAAUUUAAAUUUAGUUCAUUGUGAUGAGGUUUUUAUUUGGAGUUUUUAUGAAAACUGUGCUUUAGACUUAUGUAUACUUAACUGAUAGUGUUUCAAUACAAAUAAAUGCUUCAAAUUCAAGUGAAAGCCGAAA